AUGCUAAUCGGAGGGGGGUUGGAGAAUAUGUUUUACCAAUGUGGAAGGUUUCUUGUGAUAGAGGAGGACAAACAAGCGCGAUGGAGGACAGAGCAUCGCACGUGCUGCGCUUGUGGCGAGCCGAUAGCCGAUCGGUUCCUGCUGGAAGUGGGGGGAGGCGCCUGGCACACGGGUUGCCUCCGCUGCUGCGUGUGUGCAGUCCAGCUCGACAGGCAUCCUUCCUGCUUCCUGCGCGACCGACAGGUGUACUGCAAACAAGACUACGCUAAGAGUUUUGGUGCGAAGUGUUCAAAGUGCUGUCGCGGGAUUUCUUCGUCGGAUUGGGUGCGGAAGGCGAGGGAACAGGUUUACCACUUGGCGUGCUUUGCAUGUGACGCGUGCGGUCGCCAGCUUUCGACUGGGGAACAGUUCGCUCUGCAUGAGGAUCGGGUGCUCUGCAAGCCGCAUUACUUGGAAACGCUGGAUGGAGGAUCUAUCUCUUCGGACGACGGUUGCGACUCAGAGGGAUAUCACAAGAGCAAGGCGAAACGGGUGCGCACCACGUUCACCGAGGAGCAGCUGCAGGUCCUUCAGGCGAACUUCCAGCUGGACUCGAACCCGGAUGGACAAGACCUGGAGAGGAUCGCCCAAGUCACAGGUCUCAGCAAGCGGGUCACGCAAGUCUGGUUCCAGAAUAGUCGAGCGCGCCAGAAGAAGCACCAACACACAGGAAAAGGGAAACAGAAUCAAGUGAUGUCCAGGGACAGCGACCCGGUGGGGUUUGGCCGGCCUAUCAACCUUCAUCUCACCUAUUCUUUCCAGAACAAACCCCCGUUUGUGCCAAUAGAUGGAACUUCUUUCACGGAUUCUUCCAUGGAUGAGCUAUCUGAAGACUCCUCGAUCCAUUGCAUGCAGAGUGAAGCGUAA